AUGGCUGACACAGGCGAAGAGCCUCAUCACGUUUCGGAGCCUCUCGACCUUGUUCGACUCCUUCUCAACGAGGUUGUCUUUGUCAAGCUUCGAGGAGACCGUGAGCUCAAGGGAAAGCUACACGCUUACGACAGUCACUGUAAUCUGGUGUUGGGAGAAGUCGAGGAGACCAUCUACACUGUGGAUGAGGACGAUGACGAUGAAGAACUCAAGACUAUCAGCCGGAAAUCUGAGAUGUUGUUUGUGAGAGAAGCAACUCUUCCCGUUGCGUCAUACGACAGCCUGAGGCACGAAGCUGCUCAAAGCAUCCCGAAAGCAGCAGCCCAAGGCUGUCUUGAUACCAGUAUUUAG